AUGGAAUCGAUUACCGCGAAACGGAAUUCUCUCUUUGCGAAAGUGAAACGCGAACUCGAAACCGCGGAACGAGUGAAGACGCAAAACCCCUCACUCUCUGAGGUCCGGGAGCGUCUGGUGCGCCUCGAGGCGCUGGGGAACAGUUUCUUCGACGUCCAGGACCAGUUCGAGGACGGAACCUCAGCGACCACCUUGGAAAACCUAGUCUCGGUCUUCGACUACCGGAAGGAGUUUGAAGAUCGGUACUAUGCAGCGAAGGCGAUCUACGCUGCCCUCGACGAAGGUUCCGGCGCCAGCGAUCGAUCGUUCGCUGAGCCGGCGAACAACCUAAAGACUGCGGUAGCGGCGCUGUUGGAAACGCAACGAGCGCUCCUGUCCAACCAAGCGGCCCACGCAGCCCAGCUGAACCAGAUUCAGCAGGGAAACCAACCUCCAGCAGGACAACCAGCUCAAGCACAACCGGAUCCCUUCAUCAACGUCCGGCUUCCUCCAAUCAACAUCCCGAAGUACGCGGGAGUCCGGAAAGAAUGGCUUUCGUUCAAGGACUUGUUCGUCAGCACCAUCCACAGCAAGGAGUCGCUGCGGCCAUCACAGAAGCUGCAGUACUUGAAGUCGCUGCUGGAGGGAGACGCAGCAUCCCAAAUCAGCUCAUUCGGCAUCUCGGAUGACAACUACCCGCUGGCGUGGGACAAGCUGCUGAGGAAGUACGACCAGAAGAAGUACACCGUGUUCGCGCUUGUGAAGGAGUUCCUGGACCAACCUGUCGUGUCAGACGCAACCGCUGGCAACCUCCAGAAGCUGGUCACGACCUCGGACGAGGUAGUUCGGCAGCUCGACGUCUUGGGCGAGCAGUACCAGUCACGGGACCCCUGGCUGAUCCAGCUGCUCCUGGAGAAGAUUGACGAGGAGACGCAGGCGCUCUGGUGGAGCGGGGCGAAGAAGGAGAUACGAAAGCAGCCGGCCAAGCCAGCUGAGAAGAAGGUGCAGAGCUACGUCGCAACACCGCAGCCCUGCCCAAAGUGUUCCAAAGAGCACUUGCUGUUCCUGUGCGAAGCGUUCAAGGCGUCCAGCGUCGCCGACCGUCGGGAGUUGGUGCAGAAGUCCAGACUUUGCUUCAACUGCCUGAGGACGUCGCACACGGCAAAAACCUGUUCCUCGAAGCACACCUGCAAGACUGAUGGAUGCAACCAGCGUCAUCAUACGCUCCUCUGUCAACACGGCGGCAGACAGGCAGCUACCGCAGGGCUUCCGGGUCAACAGAUAGCAGCGAUGCCGGUCCAGCAACCGGCCAUGGAAGCUCAACCCACGGUUCCGAGUUUCAAGGCGGAGGUCACCAGUGAUCCAGCUGUCAAGAUCACCGUUCUACCCACUGCGCUCGUCAAGCUGCGCGGUAAGAAUGGUGUCUUCCACACUGCUAGGGCGAUGAUAGACUCGUGCUCUGGCGCGUCGCUGAUAAGCGAGGCCUGCAUGACGCGACUCGGGAUCAGCCGGAGCAACGCGCGGUUUCCUGUAACCGGAGUUGCCGGGACACAAGCAGGAACCACCCGGGGAAUGGCGCUGCUGGAGAUUGCACCCCGUUUCAGCGACGAAGUGGUGAUGAAGACGCAGGCGUACGUGCUCGAAGUGUUGGCUCCCCCCACACCGUGCCAAAGCUUCAAGCCCAAGCAAUUGGAACUACUCCGUGGGCUCCAGCUAGCCGAUCCGGAGUACUACAAAGCGGGACCGGUAGACGUCAUCCUAGGCGCCGAGCUGUUCCUGCCGAUUCUACAAGCGGGCCAGGUUACAGACGAGCACGGUCUACCCGUGGCCCAGAAGUCAUCGCUCGGCUGGCUCGUCGCCGGCAAGUUCGGCGGUGAAACAGUGCUGCAAACAAAUCUGGUGUCCUUCACGGUGCAGCUGGAUGUCAACAUCGACCAGACGCUGCGCAAGUUUUGGGAAACCGAAGAAGUGCCUGCGGUCAAGAUACUCACUGCCGACGAGAAGAGCGCUGUUGACAUCUUCAACAUGACCACCAGGCGCAACGACGAGGGCCGAUUCGUGGUUCGGCUCCCCUUCGACGACUCCAAGCCGGCAUUGGGCGACUCGCUCGGUGCGGCACUCAGAAGGCUGCAUGCGAUGGAGCGGAAGUUCCUCUCGAAUCCGCCGUUCAAGCAAGCCUACCGCAACUUCAUGUCCGAGUACCAGCAACUGGGACACAUGGAGCUCAUCCCGCAAUCCGAAGUCGACAAGCACCCCAGCGAGUGCUUCUAUUUGCCUCACCACGCAGUCCAGAAGGAGGACAGUUCAACAACGAAGUUGCGUGUCGUCUUCGAUGGCUCGUGCAGAACCAGUUCUGGCGUGUCGUUGAACGACCGAUUGCUGAUUGGUCCAAACAACAACGAAGACCUGUACGACGUCUACUGCCGCUUCCGCACCUACCCCGUGGUCUUCGUGAGCGACAUCGAGAAUAUGUACAGGCAAGUACGGGUGAACAAGCAGGACACGGACUUCCAGCGGAUCGUCUGGCGCGAUGAUCCCGACCAACCGGUGCAACACUAUCGUCUGACGACGGUGACGUACGGUACUUCAAGCGCAGCCUACUUAGCGACCGAGUCUCUUCGACAAGCGGCCCGAGACAACGCUGAGAAGCACCCCGCAGCAGCUGACAGGAUCCUCAAAGGGUUCUACGUGGACGACCUGAUGUCCGGUGCCGACACGGUCGAAGAAGCUCAAGAGCUAGCUGGCCAGAUCACAACCAUCCUGGGCGAAGCUGGAUUCGUCCUCCGAAAGUGGUCCUCCAACGCACCCGAGCUGCUGGAGAACAUCGCAGACAGCCGACAGGGACCAGUCCCUGUUGAGUUCACGAACGUGACAGCGUCGGUCAAGGCACUUGGGAUUCACUGGUCUCCAACUAGUGACUGGUUCGAGUUCAAAGUCAACCUGGACAUCAAUAGCCCGAACACGAAGCGUCAACUCCUCUCCGACGCAUCCAGGCUAUUCGACCCGUUCGGAUGGCUCGCUCCAGUGAUCGUCAAGAUCAAAAUCAUCUUCCAACUGCUGUGGCUGUACGACUUGCUGUGGGACGACCCGCUGCCACCCCUUCCCGAAGCAGAUUGGAACACCAUCAAGCAAACGCUUCACCUGCUGGAGCAGAUUCGCGUGCCUCGCCGAAUUCCAGCCUUCAACGGCAAGUUGCAGCUGCUCGGAUUCUCGGACGCCUCGGAGUCGGCGUACUCAGCAGUCGUCUACGGUCGGUCUGCGGACCGCAACGGGAAAAUCCACAUCGUGCUGAUUUGCGCUAAAACCAAGGUUGCGCCAAUUCAGCAGAUCUGCGUCCCAAAGCUCGAACUCAACGGUUCCUGGCUGCUGGCCGCCCUGAUGAAGCGAGUCUCCCUCGCUUUGUGCCACCUCGAGCUGCAACACUUUGCCUUCACGGACUCGGCAAUCGUACUGGAAUGGUUGUCGGCACACCCUCGCAAGUGGAAGACUUUCGUCGCCAAUCGAACGUCAGCGAUCCUGGACUUCCUGCCCAGGAGCAUGUGGCACCACGUGUCAUCGAAGGACAACCCGGCCGACUGUGCGUCGCGAGGAUCUCGCCGCUCGAGCUGCUCAACCAUCCGCUGUGGUGGGACUCCCCUACUGGGCUCACAGCGAGCAGUCGUUCUUGGAACACUGCGCAGCACCAGCACCGAAGGCACCACCCCUCGAAGAACGACAAAUUCGCACAUUCUGUCUGGAGAUUGGCUCCCGCGUAGCAACUUCACCCUGGAGCGCUACCUUCUCGAUCGGUUCUCCUCGCUACGCCGCUGCACUCGGACGCUGGCGACGAUCCGACGGUUCCUGUUCAACCUGGCGCGACCGAAGGUGGAACGCUUAACCGGACCGCUGACACCGGCGGAACUCAAGGUAGCUGGUCUACAACUCGUGCGACUAGCACAACACGAAGCAUUUGCGAAGGAGAUUGCCUGCCUGCGCAAAUCGACCGAGGUUUCCAACAAGAGCAAGCUGCGCCCGCUCUUUCCGUUCAUCGACCGAGACGGAACACUUCGUGUCGGAGGAAGGCUGCAGAACGCCGACAUCCCCUACGACAUGAGACACCCGCCCAUUCUGCCGCAGCAGCACCGACUGACAACACUUGUCAUUCAAGACCUUCACCUGGACAACCUACACGCAGGGCCUACCUUGGUGAUCUCAACCCUCAACCAGCGCUUUUGGGUGAUGGGAUGCCAAACGGUCGUGCGACAGCAACUGCAAAAGUGCGUUCGCUGCUGCCGAAUGAAAGCCAGAACCGCUCAGCAGCUGAUGGGAAGUCUUCCGGCGGUACGAACAACACCGGCCAGAGCAUUCGUCCACGUCGGAGUCGACUACGCAGGGCCAAUCCUCGUCAAGAGCGGCAACCCAAGGAAACCACACGUGACAAAGGGCUACAUCGCAGUGUUCGCCUUCUUCGGUGCACUCAAACGGUUCAUCGCCAGAAGGGGACUGUGCACCGAGAUAUGGUCCGACAACGGGACGAACUUCGUCGGAGCCGAUCGGCAGAUGCAGGAGUUUUUUGAAACCGACGAGUUCAAGCAACAAGCCGCCCACUUCGCUGCCAACAUUGGGAUCAAGUGGACCUUCAUUCCGCCUUCCGCACCCCACAUGGGAGGAUUGUGGGAAGCAGCGGUCAAAAGUGCGAAGACCCACCUGCGCAAGGUCCUGGGAAACGAGUCGGCCACCUACGAAGAGCUCUACACCAUCCUGACGCAAAUCGAGGCCUGCCUCAACUCGCGCCCACUUUGCGCCCUCUCCAACUCUCCCGAUAGCUGCGAGGCUCUCACCCCGGACACUUCAUCAUCCAACAGCCGAUGA